AUGCCAUUUCUUUUGUCUCCUGAAGACGGCGAUAUGCGAUUUUUGUUGGAUGAAACCCAAGGCGUGAUUUCCAAUGGUCUGCAUGUUUUGCGGCGUCUCAGUCUGGGCGCCGCCCUCCGCGUCGAAGAUCACAUCGCUGCCAUGCGAUUCCUCACAUUUGAGAUGUUGGAUAUGGAACAUACCUGUUGCCAAAAGCGGGAUUCGCGCGUACACGACUUUGGGAGUGAAAGCUAUAGUAUAUUCGAAGACGAAACAGUGGUACAGCCCUUCGAUACAUGGCUAGAGGAAUUUGAACAAGAGUUGUACGCGAGAGCUGCGAAUAUCUCCAGCCAGCCCAACGGCUUUGUCGAAUCCCGGGACAAUUACUGGCGCAAAAGGAUUUCUAUAGAGAUUGGAAAAUUUAACAACACUAGCAAUUCAGAACCGAACCUGAGGAGAGCCGAAGAACUCGGCGUUGUGUAG